AUGGCACUUUGCGCCUCCUUCGAGUUCCGCGUCUUGCCAACAGCGUCGGCUAUGGCAUGGAGCUCGAUCAACGUCCGGGAGGAGUAUAUCACUGCUUUCGACGGCCUAGCUCGCAGUACCCUGCAGCGGAUCUUAGAGAUAGUGCAGAUGCGCAAGAUGUGCACGGCGGAGUUUGGCGUGAUGAGCAUUCCGGCUUUCGCCAGGCACUGGGAGCAGCACUUCAAGAAGUCUUCGUCCCAGCUUUCGGAGGAGGUGAAGGAGAAGUACAUCGAGAAGGCGCUGCGGCUCUAUGACAACGUCCUCUGCAAUCCUCUGGUGAUGCAGGGCCUCACUCGAAUGGAGGAAGAGUGGGGCAAAAACAGUCCCAUGAUGACCAUGGCGGCCGUGGACGCCUUGUGCAAGAAGACGAAGGAGCCCAGGACGGCGGCGUGGGUGUGCUUUGGCAUGCUGGACUCAGUGCAGUGCGGCUUUGCAACGCUGCCAGAUUUCAAAGGUGCGUCCUUGACGGGCGCGCGCGGCCACCUGGACCUGCUGACGGCAAAGCACGGCAUCCUGCAGCAUCUGCUGCAUCAUUGGUGCCCCAAGAAGAAUUUCAAGCCGUCGGACAUCGAAACCCUGAAGGCCGUCUGCGAGUCCCACGAGACCUGGCGAGGCAAGUGCGGAGGAGGCCCUGGCACGCAUCGCCCGGAUCUGUCCUGGCAGGGUCUACUUGGUGCACACGUUCAGAAAACUAUCACCUUCAUUUCUGGUACGGUCUUCGGCUCUGCCAUGGACGACAGGAUCCGGAGCAGUCUCAAGAUCAGCACCGCGCCAGCCGAGAUUGUGACCCACGAGCCCUUCUGCAACAUGCUGUCGCAGAUUAUUCCUGAACAGCCGGCAGCAGUGGUGCCUGCAGCGGAGGCUGCCGCAAAUGCUGGAAAGAACCCUGCGUCAGCUACGACCACAGUGACGCUGGACAGUCUGGCUUUGCCGGCGGACGUGCGGGUCACGAAAGAGGAGGACCUUUCGAGAUGGCUAGAAGAGGCCAAGGUGCAAGUGGACAGGUUCAUCAAGCUGAUUGACUGCCCGGACAAUUCGAAAGCAUUGGGCGACCUGCUGAAGGCCACGGCCGUGGGUGCUUUCAGAGUAGACGACGAAAAUCCGAGGAAGCAGAGGAUUGCAAUGCUCGUCGAUUCCAAGACCGGGGGAGAAGCCAGCUGCCAAGCUCAUUUGCGAAAACCGAACUUCCAAGAAGAGCGCAUCAAGAAAAUCGUCAGAGGCUUUUUGGCCAGCAGGGGAUGCGAGGAUCCGGACGACACGACGCUGUUCCUCAUGAUGGACGGCUUCAGGAACCUGGAAACGCAGAUGUGGAACUGCUGCGUGCGCCCGGACGGCAACCGGUGGUCGGAGCGCUGGGCUGACCGGGAUCGGCAGCACUUCGUGGUUGAGUAUGAGGAGCAGGCCAUGGUGAAGCGGAAGCUUCGCCAGCGGGGCAUCUUGCAACUGGCCGAAGGCCUUCAUGUGUUCUCAGCCAAAGGCGUGGACAUCACCCCGCGUGCGCAUCUCAGGUACAAGAACAGUACUAGCUCUCAGGUGAUCGGUCCAGUCAUCGCCCCAGAUUGGAGCUGCGUGUGGCGGGAGUCCAAGGUGGUGAAGGACAGGAUUUAUGGCGCCAGUGGCCGGAUCUUGGCAGGAGGGAGGCUGCCGGUGGAUGAUGUGCCCAGGCCCUCUUUCGAGGAUGCCUGCGAUCCUGUCUCCUGGCACGCAAUGCCAGUCUCCUUUAUCGAGGAAAUUGUGCACAAAUUCGAGCUUCGGGUUCUCUGUGACGCGACCUGCACCUCGGAUGAAGCAGCUCUGGCUUGCUUGCGCAUGGGUAUCUCUUAUGUUGGUCUCUGCUGGUCAGAAGAGCACGCUCGCUUGCUGCAAAGCCGACUAGUCAGCCAGCUAUGGAAGGAGUGGACGAAUGCCGA